GAAUACACAUGUCCAAGAUGUGACUCUGGUUUCAUAGAAGAACUACUCGAUCAAGUACCAAGGAAUACUGAAAAUGGCUCCAGUUCAACAGCUUCCACGAGUGACCAGACUCGACAGUUAUUUGAGGGUUUGGACCAGCACCUGCUUUCCUUACCACAAGGUAGUUAUGGACAGUUUACAUUUGGCAUUCUGGAUGACACCUUUGAUCCUUUUUCCUUUGGAACUAACCAGACUUCAGAAGAAAAUAGAGAUUCUGAAAAUAGGAGGGAUCGCGAACACCAGUCACGGCCACGAUAUAGUUCUAGGCAACCCAGAGCACCCAGGUUCCCGUCACGGCGUCCUACAACGCGAAAUGAAGGAGUGCCAACUCUAGAAGGAAUUAUUCAACAAUUGGUUAAUGGAAUCAUUGCACCUACAGCAGUGCCAAACUUGGGAUUAGGUCCAUGGGGUGUAUUGCACUCAAAUCCAAUGGAUUAUGCAUGGGGAGCCAAUGGCUUGGACACAAUCAUUACACAGCUUCUGAACCAGUUUGAAAAUACUGGCCCACCUCCGGCAGACAAAGAGAAAAUCAAGACACUUCCUACAGUAGAAAUAACAGAUGAACAUGUAGGUAGGUGUACUUCGGACCAGUAA